AUGGUUCCGCCCUCAGCAGACCAUUUUACAAUUCUUAAAACCUUUUCCCCUAGCCCAGGCCUCAUCCUAGACCUGACGAGGAGUUUUUGCGCUAAAACAGCAGGGCUUCCUCCCAAUCCAUUUCAAAGCGAAUGCCGGCAUACGGUUAGCAGCUUUUCGUUGUCGCAGAAACCAAACGAGCAGACGCUUCAUUGCAGCUCCUUGCAUUCUCAUCGCCGGCAUCACGUGCCCUCACCGGCUAAGGGGAAACGGGAGCAGGAUUCCAUUGAGUGCGCCUCCUUGGGGGAGAAGCGGCUGACGUCUACUUCAACCUCUGCUUUGCACUCUUCUGAGUGCCGUGGCGAUGACCGACCCGGAAGCUUUGCUAAGCGCGCCAAAAUACCAUGGCGAAGCAACCUUAGCAGGCGUUCUAAAAGAUCCUCUGCGGCAAAGAGAAAGCGGGAGGAGGAAACCGAGGUAGAGGCCUCUUUGAGGCUUUCCAUUCAACCUCAACGGAAGCAGUAUGUUUUGUCACAUGAAACGCUUGGGGAGCAUAACUACUGUUUGUACUGCAAAUCAGUUUACACAUAUUCGUUGAAAAUCUCGACAGAGCCCGCCUCGAAAUACUACUACAAUGCAGCCGACGCCGGGGCAACAUCCAUUCGACGGUCGCAGGAGACCACGGCUGAGAAAACCACGCGUAACGCAGCGAAAGCUGCGGCAACGUCCAUUCGAGGGUCCCAGGAAUCCAUGGCUGAGAAAAUCGCACGCCAUGCAGCCGACGCCGCUGCAACUUCUGCUGAAAGUUCCGCGGAAAAGCGCACAACGCGGCAACGCGAUGCAAUUUCAACUUACGCUGCUAUAGUUGUAGAAGGGCCUACUGAAAGGCUAGAAAGGUUUCAGACUGUUAACCAGCGCCGCCAUGCACAGCGAGGGCUCUGUAGCCCACCAAAGCAGUUUUGGUUUAAGCUGGCGUUCAACUAUGAGCCAGUUUUGGGGCUUUCCGGUCGCAAAGAUCUCCAAAUAGGAUCCACGUCAGUUGUCUGUGGGCAUCGCAAUGCCGAAAAAAUGGCCUGGAGAGUCUGCAGGUUUGUGUUGUUCAGACGCGGUGAUCAGCACAACAGACGUGACAUUAUUAUCGAAUCGCGCGGCAGUGGGCUCCGAAGAAUCAGUGAAACGCACCGUUCCUACGAUGCACUGCAAUACCCACUUCUCUUCCCUUACGGAGAUGGGUACCACUUUGGCAUUCUGCCAAAUGGGUCCACCUUAAAAACAGUGUCUUGCAGGGCUUUCUACGCUUUCUUAUUGAUGUUACAUGAGGUAGACAUGGCUGCUAAGAUGGAAUCCGAAAGACUCUGUUACAUCAGAUUGAAUCAGACCAAGUUGCGCUGCGACUCUUACAUUCACCUCCGUGAUGCUUUACGAAAUGACGCUGGUCCACGCAAUAUAGGCAAGAUGUGCAUACUACCUGCAACGUUCACAGACAGUCCACGAUACAGGCACGCGAGGACGCAAGACGUGAUGACAUACGUUCGUAAUACAACCGACCAGACCUAUUCAUAA